GGUGCACUUUGCGUGUGAGACCAGUGGAGGCAGGCGGGGAAGAGGCGUGGCGGAGAUUCUUGAGGUGUAGCUGUGCCAGCCGUUCGGCUGCUGCUGGAGUGGGAAGAUUCAGGUCCACGCCUCCGUGAGCCGCCUCAGCACGAACACCUCACCCUUGCCCCCGCAAUUAAAGGGGAGGAACCGAAACCUGCAUGGGCUCAUCCAUCUCCCACAGAUCGCGCGUGACGACCGCAGCCGUGGCAGGUGAAAGGAGGAUUGCUGUGUCAACUCCGGGAAGGAGUAGCCUCAUUGUCCUUGUAUUUUAAUUUGCUGCAGCAGCUUGGAGUGCAACAAUGAAGCAAUGAUAUCUGAGAACAAAGGAGCAUUUGCCAACUAAAUGUCAGCACAUUUCAUGUGAUUGUGUAAAAACACUGCAGCAGACCUGUGUGUCAGCUAGCAGAGUGAGAAUGUUUGCUUCUGACACUCUUCAUUUGAAGCAGCUUUAAUAUAGAUUAUUUAAACUUUAUAUCGAAUUAAAUAAAAAUGAGUGAAGCCCCCAGAUUCUUUGUUGGCCCUGAAGAUGCAGAAAUCAACCCCGGAAAUUAUCGUCGCUUCUUCCACCAUGCAGAUGAAGAGGAGGAAGAGGAGGAAGAGUCCCCACCAGAAAGGCAGAUUGUGGUUGGAAUAUGUUCCAUGGCAAAGAAAUCUAAAUCCAAGCCCAUGAAGGAAAUUCUGGAACGGAUCUCCUUGUUUAAAUACAUCACAGUGGUAGUUUUUGAAGAGGAAGUUAUUUUGAAUGAACCGGUGGAAAACUGGCCUUUAUGUGAUUGUCUUAUUUCUUUCCAUUCUAAAGGAUUUCCACUGGACAAAGCAGUUGCCUAUGCAAAACUCAGGAAUCCAUUUGUAAUCAAUGACUUGAAUAUGCAGUAUCUCAUACAAGAUAGAAGAGACGUUUAUAGCAUUCUUCAAGCUGAAGGCAUCCUACUUCCUCGGUAUGCAAUUCUGAACCGUGAUCCAAAUAACCCAAAAGACUGCAAUCUGAUUGAAGGAGAAGAUCAUGUAGAAGUAAAUGGAGAAGUUUUCCAAAAGCCGUUUGUAGAAAAGCCAGUCAGUGCAGAAGACCACAACGUUUACAUUUAUUACCCAACAUCUGCCGGAGGUGGAAGCCAGAGACUUUUCAGGAAGAUUGGCAGCAGAAGUAGCGUGUAUUCCCCAGAGAGCAGUGUGCGGAAAACAGGGUCGUAUAUAUAUGAGGAGUUCAUGCCUACGGACGGUACGGACGUUAAGGUUUAUACUGUGGGUCCAGACUAUGCUCAUGCUGAAGCUCGAAAAUCUCCAGCUCUUGACGGCAAGGUGGAAAGAGACAGUGAAGGGAAAGAAGUCCGAUACCCCGUCAUCCUCAAUGCCCGGGAGAAGCUGAUUGCGUGGAAAGUCUGCCUUGCUUUUAAGCAAACAGUUUGUGGCUUUGAUUUGUUACGUGCCAAUGGACAGUCCUAUGUCUGCGAUGUCAACGGCUUCAGUUUUGUGAAAAAUUCCAUGAAGUACUACGAUGACUGUGCAAAGAUUCUUGGCAAUAUUGUAAUGCGGGAACUUGCGCCACAGUUUCAUAUCCCCUGGUCAAUACCCUUAGAAGCUGAAGAUAUUCCAAUCGUACCAACUACAUCUGGAACUAUGAUGGAACUUCGGUGUGUCAUAGCUGUCAUACGACAUGGGGAUCGAACACCAAAACAAAAAAUGAAAAUGGAAGUGAGGCACCAAAAGUUUUUUGAUCUUUUUGAAAAGUGUGACGGAUAUAAAUCAGGGAAGUUAAAACUCAAGAAGCCAAAACAAUUACAGGCAAUCCUGGAUAUUGCACGGCAACUUCUUAUGGAGCUGGGGCAAAAUAAUGACUCUGAAAUUGAAGAAAACAAGUCAAAACUUGAACAGCUUAAGACUGUGCUAGAGAUGUAUGGUCAUUUUUCUGGAAUAAAUCGUAAGGUCCAAUUGACCUAUCUCCCUCAUGGUUGUCCUAAAACAUCCAGUGAGGAGGAAGAUAACCGAAGAGAAGAGCCAUCCUUACUUCUGGUUCUAAAAUGGGGAGGAGAACUAACCCCUGCUGGUCGGGUUCAGGCUGAAGAGCUGGGAAGAGCUUUUAGGUGUAUGUACCCUGGAGGUCAAGGAGAUUAUGCAGGUUUUCCUGGCUGUGGCUUACUCCGACUGCAUAGCACCUACCGACAUGACCUCAAGAUCUACGCUUCAGAUGAAGGGCGGGUCCAGAUGACUGCAGCUGCUUUUGCAAAGGGUCUGUUGGCUCUAGAGGGAGAGCUUACCCCCAUUCUUGUUCAGAUGGUGAAAAGUGCAAAUAUGAAUGGCCUUUUGGACAGUGACAGUGACUCUUUGAGUAACUGUCAGCAGCGUGUAAAAGCAAGGCUUCAUGAAAUACUUCAGAAAGACAGAGAUUUUACAGCUGAAGACUAUGAAAAGCUUACUCCAUCUGGAAGCAUUUCUGUUAUCAAAUCAAUGCAUUUAAUUAAAAACCCAGUGAAAACCUGUGACAAAGUAUAUUCCUUGAUUCAAAGUUUGACUUCCCAAAUCAGACAUCGGAUGGAAGAUCCCAAAUCUUCUGAUAUUCAGCUUUAUCAUAGUGAGACACUGGAACUCAUGCUGCGUAGAUGGUCCAAGUUGGAGAAAGACUUUAAAACAAAGAAUGGAAGAUAUGAUAUUAGUAAGAUUCCUGACAUAUAUGACUGCAUCAAAUAUGAUGUUCAGCAUAAUGGUUCCUUGAAGUUAGAAAAUACAAUGGAACUAUAUAGACUCUCGAAGGCAUUAGCAGACAUUGUUAUCCCUCAGGAAUAUGGUAUAACUAAAGCUGAAAAACUGGAAAUUGCCAAAGGCUACUGCACUCCUCUAGUUAGAAAAAUUCGAUCUGAUCUUCAGAGGACACAAGAUGAUGACACUGUCAAUAAACUACAUCCUGUGUAUUCUAGAGGUGUUCUGUCUCCUGAACGCCAUGUUCGUACCAGGUUAUAUUUUACCAGUGAAAGUCAUGUGCAUUCCUUACUGUCCAUUCUUCGCUAUGGUGCCUUAUGCGAUGAUUCAAAGGAUGAGCAGUGGAAACGAGCUAUGGAUUACUUAAACGUUGUUAAUGAACUCAACUACAUGACUCAGAUUGUUAUCAUGCUGUAUGAGGACCCUAACAAGGAUCUUACCUCAGAAGAGCGCUUUCAUGUUGAGUUACACUUUAGUCCUGGAGCAAAAGGCUGUGAAGAGGAUAAGAACUUGCCCUCCGGCUAUGGGUACAGGCCAGCUUCCCGGGAGAAUGAAGGCAAAAGGUCUCUUAAAACUGAUGAUGAUGAACCUCAUACUUCUAAGAGAGAUGAAGUCGAUCGAGCUGUAAUACUCUUUAAACCAAUGGUAUCAGAGCCAAUCCACAUACACAGGAAAUCACCUCUUCCAAGGUCCAGGAAGGUGACUACAAGUGAAGAAGAGAGCCCCCUGAGUGUGUCUAGCCCAGAGGGCACUGGCACCUGGCUGCAUUAUACCAGUGGUGUGGGUACUGGGCGUCGAAGACGCAGAUCAGGGGAACAAAUCACCUCUUCCCCUGUCUCCCCCAAAUCAUUGGCUUUCACAUCCAGUAUUUUUGGCUCAUGGCAACAGGUUGUAUCUGAAAAUGCCAACUAUCUUAGAACACCAAGAACUCUGGUGGAACAGAAGCAGAACCCUACCGUAGGGUCUCACUGUGCGGGCCUGUUUAGCACCUCAGUGCUCGGGGGUUCUUCAAGUGCACCUAACCUGCAGGAUUAUGCUCGUACUCAUCGUAAAAAGCUGACCUCUUCUGGCUGCAUAGAUGACGCCACACGCGGUUCUGCUGUUAAAAGGUUUUCUAUCUCAUUUGCUCGACACCCAACCAAUGAAUACCUAUACCUCUCUAGGUGCUGCUCCGCUUCCUCUGUGGAAUUUCUAGGCUCCAGUGGCUUUGAGCUGUAUUCCAUGGUCCCAUCCAUCUGUCCUCUGGAAACGCUUCACAAUGCCCUGUUUUUAAAGCAAGUGGAUGACUUCCUUGCUUCCAUUGCCUCUCCGUCAACUGAAGUUCUGCGCAAGGUCCCUGACAUGUCCUCUAUGGCCUCACGUUCCAGCCCAGGAAUGAGAAGAAAAGUUUCCUUAAAUACGUAUACACCUGCAAAGAUUCUCCCAACACCACCGGCUACCUUAAAGACCACCAAAGCAAGCAGCAAAGCAGCAGUCAGCACACCCUCGCCAGCAGUGGCUCCUCAUACCUCAGCUCGGAAAAAGAGCUUAAGUGGCAAAACUGAGGGGCACGAAUACAAGAAGGGCACUGGGAAGAAAAGGUGAGCUCAACCAGCACUGCAGGUUCCCGCACUUAGAAAAG